UAAAGCAUCUCGUAUGUCAUUUUUCCCCUCCCUCGAAAACUUGGUCACCGUCCGUUUGCCUUUUGAACCCGAGGAUAAACCUUCUCUUCGGCUGACAGUUAUUCGUAAGAUACAUCAUGCCUGUUUUUCAUACAAAGACGAUCGAGGCCAUCUUGGAGCCAGUCGCCCAACAAGUUUCUCAGCUUGUUAUUCUUCAUGAAGAAACCGAGGGUGGCCUGGCAAUGCCAGAUCUGUCAGGUCCUGUCCAAGCAGUUAGCGCCGCAGUUCAAAAUCUUGUCAUGGUUGGGAAACAAACAAUGGAGGACAGUAAAGAUCAGAUUUUGAAGCAAGAAAUGCCUCUUGCCUUCACAAGGGUGGAAGAGUCUUCAUCAUUGCUAGUUGGUGCAACACAGAUAUUUAAGAAUGACCCAACUUCACCAGAGGGAAGAAAAAAGUUACUGGAUGGAGCUAGAGGUAUAUUAUCUGGAACAUCGGCAAUGCUGCUGACGUUUGACGAAGGCGAGGUUCGUAAGAUCGUCGCCGUGUGUCGUGGAGUUAUCAAAUACCUCCAGGUUGCCGAAGUCGUCGAGCGCAUGGAAGAUCUGAUAACAUUUGUGAAAAAUCUCACGCCAGGAGUGACCAACAUGGCGAAGCAAGUGGAAGCACGCGCCAAGGAAUUGACCCAUGUUGCGCAUGCCGAUAUUUUAGACCAGCGGGUGGCAAGCGUGAAGAAGAUGAUCCCAUUAUUAAUUUCGUCCAUCAAGACUUUUGUUACAACUGGAGCAGGUUCUCCCGGUCGCGCUGAAGCCCAAGGCAAUCGUAAUUACAUCAUCGAGAAGAUGUUCGCUGACAUUGAAGAGAUCAUUCGUGUCUUACAACUGACGACAUAUGACGAGGACGAAGGAGAUGAUCCCAUAAAUGACAUGAGAAAAGCUGCUUCAAUCAUUAACAACAAAAUGGAUCUCGCUAAUUCUUGGUUAAACGAUCCAAACGCUGACGCAGGUGGCUUAGGUGAAUCUGCUGUAAGGAACAUCAUCAACCAGGGUCGUCGGGCCGCCGCUUCGGCCUCAGAUCCUGAGAAAUCGCGCAUAGAGAAAGUUUGUAAUGAACUUGAUAAAUUACUCGACGAUCUCGCAGCAUUGAGGAGGCAAGGAAAGGGUACAAGCCCCGAGGCCCAGAGGUUGGCACAGCAGAUCAGAGAGAAGCUGGGUGCGCUACAGAACGAUAUCGACGACGCCAUUCAACAUCAAGCUAUCACUGGAGGGAAGAAACCUAACAUCACAUUCGCUGGCAAACGAGACCAAGUUCAAGAAUGGUUGCAGAAUCCUGCUGGAGACCCUUCUGGUUUGGCUCAGCAAGCAAUCGCUCAGUGUGUUGAAGACGCCAGAAAUUUCGCGAAAAAUUUAUCCGGUCCUGAAAGAGAGGAGAUUCUGGACCUUGCUGACGAUGUUGAACGUCUUUCUAAGAAACUCGCUGACCUCAAGAGACAAGGAAAGGGUAAUUCUCCAGAGGCUCAAGAGAUCGCGCGUCAACUUGAAGGAAAACUUGGAGACCUGGAACGAGCUUUACAACGAGCUGUUGCAGGACGUGUCGGGGAUGAUUUCAUGGAUGUUCAGGGACCUUUGAAACAACUCGAGAGAGCUGCCAAAGCACCAUUAGGCACUCCGAAUCGUGAUGCUGACUUCUCAAACAAAGCAUCGAAUUUCGUCGAACACGGUCAGAGACUCGCCGAAACAGCAAGUCUCGUGGCAAAUUUUGGAGCUUCAACCGCCGACAAACAAUUGCUAGAUCAAAUUAACGCCACAGGACAGGAGAUUCGCAAUCUCACCCCACAAGUUGCGCACGCAGCCAGGGUUCUCCUCAACAAUCCGAACAAUCCCAACGCUCAAGAACACUUUAAAGAAAUGAAGAAACAGUGGAGUGAUCGUGCAGACGCCUUAACCAACCUUGUUGAUCAGGGAACUGACAGGUUGAAAUUCCUCGAAGCGUCAGAGGACGCUAUUAAGCAAGAUUUGGCUGAUCUUAAGUCAGCAGUUUCAGACCAGGAUCCACAGAAAAUUGCCUCAAAGACCUCCAGCGCGGCUAGGCGUGCGAACAGGGUCGUGUCUGUAGCUCAAAUGGAACUUGAUAAUUCCGAGGAUCCACAGUACAUCGCGACUUUGACCAUUCCUCUAGAUGAUCUAUCUGGAAAUAUAACCCCGUUUGUCAACGUGGCUAAGACAGUCGCUACUAACCCAAAUGAUGUGAAUGCUCAAAGAAGAUUGUCCGAUUCUGCGCAGAAGAUCAACGAUUCAGUGAGUGGCAUUCGUCAAGCCGUAGCCCAGAACACGAUGGCCGAGCCCGAACCAGACUUCCCUCCUCCUCCGCCUGAGAUUCCUGAUAUCGUUCCGCAAGUGAGCCAAAUGCACCUCGCAGAGGAAUGUCCCCCACCUCCCAGACCACCUCCUCCAUCAGUUGAAGUGGUAGUUCCACCUCGACCUCCCCCACCAACGGACGUUCCCAUGGAUGCUCAAGUUGUUGAAAUGCUACAGCGCCCGCCUGAGGAUAACCGAAUUGCGAUGGCAGCACAUCAACUCCACAGGGAAACAGUGAGAUGGGAGGAACAAGGGAAUGAGUUAGUUAUGGCCGCCAAAAAGCUUGCCGUAUUGUUUGCGAAAAUUGCCAGAUUCAUGAGCGAGGAUGAAGAUGGUAAAGCUGGUUCAAAGAAAGAGUUGAUAGAGCUUGCCAAACUGAUCGCAAAGGAAAGCAAAGAAGUAGUUAAACUAUCGCGCGCCAUGGCGAACAAAUGCACAGAUAAAUCAAUGAAGAAGAAUUUACUGACAGUUAUUGACAGGAUACCAACCAUUAGUACUCAAUUGAAGAUUGUCGCCACGGUAAAAGCUACUAUGAUUGGAGCCGAUGACGAAGCCGCUGACCAAGAGGCAACGGAAUCAUUGGUGGGCUGCGCCGAAAAUCUCAUGUCAGCGGUCCGUCAAACCGUGCGAGAAAGCGAGGGAGUUGGGGUCAAGAUUCGCAGUGAUAUGGUUCACGGAGUAAAGUUUGUGAGAAGGGAUUACCAACGAUAAGUUUUCAACCGAAAUACUUUAGGGGAGACUUUUAUAAGAAUUUAGAGUAUUUUUUCGAAGACAAUAUUUCAAUAUCUUAGAUUACUAUAUAUUGUAGCGCAAUAAAAAAUUGUAUGAAUUUGAUCUAAUGUAUCCAUUGGGUCAAUUGGAAAUAUAUAAAUAGGGUAUCAAA